CGCGAGCGCCUCGGCCGGUCUGUCAGGGCGAACCGGAAGCGGCUGAGGGAGGGGGGCGGGCGAGCGAGCGGGCGGGCGUUGCUUCAGGGCUUCUCUCCAUGGCCCGGCGGUCCGUCAGAGGAGCAGCGGCAGCGGGAGGAAAAGGACGGCCGAGGAGCCCGCCGUCUUGCCGUUCGAAGCCGGCCCGCCAUGAGCUCGUCGUUCCGGAGCGAGCCCAUGUGCCUGGCACAGCUCUUUCUUCAGGCGGGCUCGGCCUACGAGUGCCUCAGCGCCCUGGGCGAGCGCGGCCUGGCCCAAUUCCGAGACCUCAAUCCAAGCACCAGUGUGUUCCAGAGGAAGUAUGUGAGCGAAGUGAAAAAGUGUGAGGAAAUGGAAAGAAUAUUAGCAUACCUGGUACAGGAAAUUAAGAGAGCAGACAUUCCUCUUCCCGAAGGCACUGUUACCCCGGCUGCCCCUCCGCUUAAGCAGAUGUUGGAAAUCCAGGAGCAGUUGCAGAAGCUGGAGGUGGAACUGAGAGAAGUAACCAAAAACAAAGAGAAGCUGAGGAAAAACCUGCUUGAGUUGACAGAGUAUACCCACAUGUUGCGGGUUACUCAGUCUUUUAUCCGAAGAACUGUCGAGAUUGAGUCUUAUUUGUACACAAAUUAUGAAGAAUUUCCAACCUUAGAAAGCGAGCCCUUAGCCGAUUACAGCUGUAUGCACAGACUUGGUGCCAAACUGGGAUUUGUAUCUGGCUUAGUUCAUCGAGCAAAAAUUGAUGCCUUUGAAAAAAUGCUCUGGCGCGUCUGCAAGGGAUGUACAAUUUUUUCGUAUUCAGAACUGGAGGAAUGUUUACAGGACCCAGAUACGGGAGAACCUACCAAGUGGUUUGUUUUUUUGAUAUCCUAUUGGGGUGAACAAAUAGGCCAAAAAGUUAAGAAGAUAUGUGACUGCUACCAUUGUCAUGUUUACCCGUAUCCCAGCAAUUCGGAAGAGCGGCGAACAGUUAUGGAGGGACUCCAGAUUCGCAUUCAGGAUCUUCACAUUGUGCUGCAUAAAACCGAAGAUUAUUUGCGACAAGUCCUGGCCAAAGCUUCUGAAUCAAUCUACACCUGGGAUGUCCAAGUGAAGAAGAUGAAAGCCAUUUAUCAUGUGCUGAACCUCUGCAGCUUUGAUGUCACCAACAAAUGCUUAAUCGCUGAGGUCUGGUGCCCGGUGUCUGACCUCCCAAACAUGCGCCGAGCCCUUGAUGAAGGAUCUAGAGAAAGCAGAGCCUCUGUCCCAUCGUUCAUGAACACAAUACCAACGAAAGAAACGCCCCCAACAUUGAUCCGUACCAAUAAAUUUACCUCUGGAUUCCAGAACAUUGUUGAUGCUUAUGGGAUUGGGAGCUACAGGGAAGUAAAUCCAGCUGUGUUCACCAUUGUCACCUUCCCCUUCUUAUUUGCUGUUAUGUUUGGAGAUUGUGGGCAUGGCUUCUUAAUGUUCCUGUUUGCAUUGUUCAUGGUGUUGUUUGAAAACCACCCUAAACUUCAGCGAUCACAAGAUGAGAUCAUGAAAAUGUUUUUCCAAGGCCGAUACAUCAUUUUACUGAUGGGUUUGUUUUCUAUGUAUACCGGCAUGAUCUACAAUGAUUGUUUUUCAAAGUCGUUCGCCAUCUUUAGCUCCAGUUGGAAUAUUUCCCAAAUGAAUUGGCAACAUAAGGAUAUGGAAGAUAAUCCAUAUUUGACACUGAAUCCAAAUGUGACUGGAGUGUUCAGAGGAGCAUAUCCAUUUGGCAUAGAUCCGAUUUGGAAUCUAGCCAACAAUCGUCUCAGUUUCUUAAAUUCCUUCAAAAUGAAAAUGUCUAUAAUUAUCGGAAUUGUUCACAUGACAUUUGGCGUAGUCUUAGGGGGAUUCAACCACUUGCAUUUCAGGAAGACAUACAAUAUUUAUUUAGUGUUCAUUCCUCAACUUCUGUUCAUGCUGUGUACUUUUGGAUACCUUGUAUUUAUGAUCAUCUAUAAAUGGCUGGCUUUCAGUGCUGAAAACUCCAGGUCAGCUCCAAGUAUUCUGAUUCAGUUCAUCAACAUGUUCCUGUUUGUUGGCAACGGGACCGACAACUUCCUUUUUCCAGGACAGGUGAUUGUGCAGAGAAUUCUAAUAGCUGUUGCUAUAGUAUCAGUUCCUGUGCUGCUUUUUGGGAAACCACUUUAUUUAUACUGGUUGCAUAAUGGUGGCCAAGGAAUCGGAUCUUAUCGAAAAGGUUACCGAUUAGUGCGAAGAGAAAGUGAAGAAGAUAUUGCUUUGUUGAUGACGCAUGAUGUUGAAGAAGGAAACAGUGCUUUGGAUACCAGGCACAAAGAUGAGGCAAAAGAAGAGUUUAAAUUUGUAGAUGUGUUCAUGGAUCAGGUUAUCCAUACCAUUGAGUACUGUCUCGGAUGCAUCUCAAACACAGCUUCAUACCUGCGGCUCUGGGCCCUCAGCUUGGCUCAUUCACAGUUAGCCGAAGUACUCUGGGCAAUGAUCAUGAGAGUGGGCCUUCGUGUGGAUGCAACGUAUGGGAUCCUACUGCUAAUACCAGUUUCAGCUUUAUUUAUGGUUCUAACAGUAUUCAUUCUCUUAGUCAUGGAAGGCCUCUCAGCUUUUCUCCACGCCGUACGACUUCACUGGGUGGAGUUUCAGAAUAAAUUCUACGCAGGGGAAGGAUACAAGUUCACACCUUUCUCCUUUCAAGACAUUUCCUUACAUUUCGAUGGAUAUGUUACAUAACUUGGUUGCAUUUUUGGAAUUGUUUGGGAACAAUCAUGUACCUAGAUGUCAUUCCUGUACAGAAAAGAGCAUCACUGAUUGCCUUAUAAUACAGCCAAGUAAUCUAUAACCUCCUACCUUGACUUUGCAAAUGUGAGGUGUCUUGUAAACAGGCUUGAAAUAUGUGUUGCGAUCUUGAGCACCCAGAAGUGAACUUUAAGACUGAUUCCGAGCAGCUGACCGCUGCUUCUAAACAAGAUGUAGCAAAUGAAUUUCCUUCGACCAAUCCCUGUAGCACAAUCUCCGCAUGCUCACCUGGAAGCAAAACCCCACAAACGUACAUAGGAUUGCACUGUUUGUCUUCUUUGUCAUUGCCACGAAUAUUUUGUCUUUGUCGGAAGUUAAAAGAGAAGGAAACUGCCAUGGACCUGAAGGUGAAGUUAUUUGUCUUUACGGUAUUUAUAGGAAACUGUCUGGCUUGAUGUGAUGUGGAGUGAAGGCUUUUUAAAUCUUCCCCCUCCAGUUAUUUUGGCUGUCACAGGUCCUGAAUUUUAACUGGAAUAGGAAUUAUAGUUGUGGGUGAGGCCUCUUCGUAAGGAAUGAAAGAUAGAAUUUUACUCUCAAAGGUCACUCACUCUCUUCCAGGAUCACUGCUUGAAGUUAUUUCGUAAGGUCUUCAGUAUCCUCGCUGAGCUCCUUGUGGUCUUAUUCAAAGUAACUGAAUGCGAAGUAUGUGCUUUGGUAGCCCCUCCUUGAGUCUGGGGAUGCACUCCUCACUGUGGAAAUGCAGCCGAAUAACUGAAUUAUCCCACAGAUUCUCUUUGGAUACACUACUUCUCGAUGAAGCAUGCCACUGCUGGGAGUUAAAACUGGCAAAAUCAGGUUCUAGCUUUCUAUUGGCUGUGACGCAGCAGGCAGUUUGAUACUCAAUUUCUUUCUGCUCUUUAUUUUUUUUAAAAAAAAUCAAAAUAAAAUGGGGAUAUUUUAGCGUUAGAAUUUUGUAAGUGCCACAAGAAAUUGAAUCUGGUUUUUUUCCCCUUUCCUAUCCGUUUUCAAUAAAAGCUGAUUGCUAUUUUUGAGAA